UUUGGAGGCCGAACCUGCCGGGAGUGCCAGGAGCUCUUCUGGGGCGACCCAGGCACGGAGUGCCGAGCAUGUGAUUGCAACCCUCGUGGGAUCCAGACCCCGCAGUGUGACCGUGCCACCGGGCAGUGCAUCUGCAAUGAAGGGGUGGAAGGGCCACGCUGUGACAAGUGCUCCCGGGGCUACUCGGGCUUCUUCCCCGACUGUGUGCCGUGCCACCAGUGCUUCGCCCUCUGGGAUGUGAUCAUCAGUGAGCUGGCUAACAGGACCCAGCAGUUCCUGGAUAGGGCUAAUGCCCUCAAAGUCACUGGAGUCACUGGCCCGUACCAGCAGACACUCAGCACCCUGGAGGAGAAGCUCAGUGAGAUUAAAGCCAUUAUUGCUCAAAAUCCAGCUGCAGAGCCACUGAAGAACAUUGGGAAUCUCUUCGAGGAAGCAGAAAAACUGACAGCAGAUGUUACAGUUAAGAUAGCUGACAUAGAAGGAAACCUGUCAGCCUUAGCAGUGAAAAGCAAUAGCACUGACACUGACCUGAGCGCACUGGAGACAGAUGCCAAAAGCCUAGACCAUGUGGUGAAAGAACUUGCGGAACAGCUAGAAUUCAUCAAGAUCUCUGAUGUUCGGGGAGCCCUGGAUAGUAUCACCAAGUAUUUCCAGAUGUCCCUGGAGGCAGAGGAGAGGGUCAAUGCCUCCACUGUUCACCCUGAUAGUGCCGUGGAGCUGUCAGCGCAAACGCGGCAGGAAGUGGAAGACUUAAUCAAUGAGAAGGAGGCCCAGUUCAAGGCUAAACAAGAGGAGCAGUCACGCCUUCUGGAUGAACUCGCAGGCAAGCUGCAGAGCCUGGAUCUCUCCGAAGUGGCUGAAAAGACGUGUGGCACUCCUGCAGGAGCCUCUUGUGCUGAGUCCGAGUGUGGCGGUUUAAACUGUCGAACAGAUGAAGGAAAGAAGAAGUGUGGAGGACCUGGCUGUGAUGGGCUGGUGACUGUAGCUCACAACGCCUGGCAGAAGGCCAUGGAUUUUGACAGAGACAUCCUCAGCGCAUUAGCAGAAGUUGAGCAACUCUCCAGAAUGGUUUCUGAGGCGAAGCAGAGAGCUGAUGAAGCAAAACAGAACGCACAAGCAGUUUUGCUCAAAACCAAUGCUACAAAAGAACAAGUGGACAGAAGCAAUGAAGAUCUGAGAAACCUUAUUAAACAGAUUAGAGACUUCCUAAUGCAAGACAGCGCUGACCUGGAUAGCAUCGAGGCAGUGGCUAACGAAGUGCUGAACAUGGAGAUGCCAACCACUCCCCAGCAGCUGCAAGCCCUGACAGAAGAUAUUCGUGAGCGUGUAGAAAGCCUUUCUGAUGUUGAGAUUAUUCUGCAGCAGAGCGCUGGAGACAUUGCCAGAGCAGAAAUGCUACUGGAAGAAGCUAAAAAAGCAAGCAAAGGUGCAACAGAUGUUAAAGUCACUGCAGACGUGGUUAAAGCAGCACUGGAAGAAGCUGAAAAAGCUCAAAAUGCAGCUGAAAAAGCCAUCAAACAAGCUGAUGAAGAUAUUAGAGGAACUCAAGACCUGCUGACAUCAAUUGAAUCUGAAAAUGCAGCAUCUGAAGAAACACUGAACAACGCUACCUUACGUCUGUUUGAGCUAGAGAAGAGUGUUGAAGACCUUAAGCAAAAGGCUGCUACAAAUUCAGAGAAUGUGGACAAUAUAGAAGAAAAAAUUAUUACAGCAAAACAAAAUGCUGAAGAAGUUAAAAAGGUCCUCAACACCGAGUUGAACGACAAGUAUAAAACAGUGGAAGAUCUCAUUGCCAAGAAGACAGAAGAGUCGGCUGAUGCCAGGAGGAAAGCCGGCAUGUUGCAAGAUGAAGCUAAAGCCUUGUUGGCUCAAGCAAACAGCAAACUCCAGCUGCUCAAAGACUUGGAAAAAACAUAUGAAAACAAUCAAAAAGUUCUGGAAGACAAAGCCAAGCAGCUGGUGGAGCUAGAAGAGACAGUUCGAUCCCUCUUACAGACAAUCAGUCAGAAGGUUGCCGUUUAUAGCACUUGCUUAUAAAUGGGAGCAGGAAAUCCUUGUGUUCAGGAUGGGUUUUACAAGUAUUACACUAGUUCUUUUGACAUUACACUAAGACCUGAUAAGGUUUUAUAUUGACUUCCAAGUCACAGAACCAAAGACAAGUAACUUUUUGAUGUUGAAAAUAAACAGUACUUUUGUAUCGCUGUAUGUACCUAGUAUGACUCAUUAAGUUCUUUCCUAAUUUCAGUAGCUGAAACGGUAAAUCGAUUAAUCCUUUAGCUUCUGCAAGUCUUGCUUUUAAACUGGUUAGAGAUCUAAUAAAAUCUUGGCUCCAACUACGUAA